UACCUGUGGAAACGUCACUUCCUCCUUCUCGCUGACUUCCGUCCUUCGCGCGCAUGCUCAGGCCUCUUUCCGACUCGGCUGGCAAAGAUGGCGGAUGCACAAACCGAGAGGGCCUAUCAGAAGCAGCCCACAAUCUUCCAGAACAAGAAGCGUGUUCUGACUGUUGAAGGUGCCAAGGAGGGCAAAGAGAAGCUCCCUCGCUACCACAAGAGUGUCGGGCUGGGCUUCAAAACCCCAAGAGAGGCUAUCGAUGGCACUUACAUUGACAAGAAAUGUCCCUUUACUGGAAACGUCUCUAUCCGUGGCCGCAUCCUCUCUGGUGUGGUGACCAAAAUGAAGAUGCAGAGGACCAUCGUCAUCAGACGCGACUACCUGCAUUACAUCCGCAAGUAUAACCGCUUUGAAAAGAGGCACAAGAAUCUUUCUGUCCACCUGUCACCAUGCUUCAGAGACGUCUCAGUUGGAGACAUUGUGACUGUUGGAGAGUGCCGACCCCUCAGCAAGACCGUGAGGUUUAACGUCCUCAAGGUGACUAAGGCCGCUGGAGCCAAAAAGCAGUUUCAGAAGUUUUAGGCAUGGCAUGGAACAGGAAGGCAACUGUUAGUCAUCAUGUCUCUCUGUCAAAUAAAAAAUCUUGUUUCAA